AUGCUGAACCCUGCUCCUGCAGGUGUGAAGCUUGCUCCAGAGCAGCCUAUGAACCACCAGUUUCACCGCCAUUCCACACGAUACAGCCGCACAUCUCGUGAGGUUUUGGAGGCUUUGGACAAAGACUGGAUGGAUCAGCCACACUAUGAGCCUGUAACUUGGCAGGACCGGGUCGCUCUGAGACUUGUAAAGUUUCUACGCAGAUGCAGCGAUGCUUACUUCAAAGACCGCUUGCUGGAUCGUGCAUGCAUGCUUGAGACCAUCGCUGCUGUUCCUGGCUUCGUUGCAGGUAUGAUUCAUCACAUGCGCUCUUUACGACGCAUGGUGCACUGCAACUGGAUCAAACCAGUGAUGGAUGAAGCGGAGAAUGAACGCAUGCAUUUGAUGACCUUCAUGGAGCUGUCACAGCAGAGGUGGCACCAACGAGCAAUGGUGGUUUGUGGCCAAGGCAUUUUCUUUGCAGCUUACACUGUGUUCUAUGUCCUCACCCCGCGCAUUGCGCAUCGCUUUGUUGGCUAUUUGGAAGAGGAGGCAGUGCAUACCUACACAGAGAUGCUUCGAAUGGUGGAUGAAGGAAAGAUCAAGAACGUGCCUGCUCCAGCCAUUGCCAUUAAGUACUGGAAUAUGCCAGAGGAUGCCACGUUGCGGGAUGUGAUUUUGGUAGUACGUGCAGAUGAAGCAGACCAUCGUCUUGUGAAUCAUCACAUGGGGGACCUCAUUGCCAAUGCCAAGGGGAAGUCCUCGGUGAGAGAAGGAGUAAAGGAUUACAAGCCACUCGGAGCAAACUCUUUUAUUUGCUGA